AUGCCGGGCCUUGUCUUCAAAUCAAAGUCUCACGAGACAGUCAUCGAUGAUGCAGCCUACCCGGCUGUCUCAUUUCCAGACUAUGCCGAGGCACCACUCUCGGAGCAGUUGGAGCCCAUCGCAGUUGUUGGCAUGGGAUGUCGCCUACCGGGCGAUGUCAGCUCUCCUAAGCAGUUCUGGGACAUGAUGAUCAACCAGAAGACUGGAAGGAACGCCAAAGUACCGUCGUCGCGUUUCAACAUCGACGCCCACUUGCAUCCGAACAAUGACCGUCCGGGAAGUUUUAACGUUCCGGGUGGCUACUUCAUCAACAGCAGCCUUAAGGAGUUUGACCCAACUGCGUUUGGCAUCACCCCCAUUGAGGCUAUGUGGAUGGACCCCCAACAGCGCAAGCUAUUGGAGGUGGUCUGGGAGACUUUUGAAUCUGCUGGACUGUCACUCGAAAAGCUGGACGGAUCGAGAACUGCUUGCUACGUUGGCAGCUUUACGAGUGAUUAUCAGCAAAUGACCUUCAAAGAGCCCGACUUUAGACAUUCCUAUGCCGCCACCGGUGUGGACCCAGGUCUGAUUAGCAACAGGAUCAGCCAUGCUUUCAACCUGAAUGGUCCUUCCAUUGUGGUCAACACUGCUUGCUCCAGUUCUGUCUAUGCCCUGCACCACGCCUGUAAUGCUCUUCGUAACAACGAGUGCGAGGGCGCUGUAGUAGGUGGCACAAACUUAGUUCUUACCGUCGACCAGCACAUGAACACGGCCAAGCUCACUGUUCUGUCCCCAGACUCCACCUGCCUUACCUUCAACGCGGAGGCGAACGGUUAUGGUCGUGCUGAUGCCGUCGGUGCUGUCUACAUGAAGCGACUCAGUGACGCCAUCAGAGACGGCGAUGCUAUCCGUGGUGUCAUCCGCUCCAGUGCCGUCAACUCCAAUGGCAAGGUCGCUGGUUUGGGCAUAACUCACCCUGGACACGAUGGACAGGAGGACGUCAUUCGGGCUGCCUACGUCCGAGGUGGUAAUCUUGAUCCUAGGCUUACCGGAUUCUUCGAGUGCCACGGUACGGGAACAUCCAUCGGUGACCCUCUCGAAGUCCAUGCUGUCUCUCGAGCCAUGAACGACCGCCGAUCAGCCACCGAGGCUCCUCUUCUUAUCGGUGCUGUCAAGACAAACAUCGGUCACAGUGAAGCUGCGUCGGGUCUGUCUGCCCUUAUCAAGGCAGUGCUAGUUGUUGAGAAUGGAGUGAUCCCGCCUACUCGCGGCGUUGUCAACAAGAACCCAAAGAUCAAGUGGGAUGAGUGGAAGGUGGAUGUUACGACUAAGCCAACUCCCUUUCCUGCGCAUCUGCCCGUCAAACGUGUCAGUGUCAACAGUUUCGGAUAUGGUGGCACAAACGCUCACAUGAUUGUUGAAUCCGCCGAGUCGUUCGUCUCUGCGCCAAAGUAUUUGACCCACGUGACCGGAAAGAAGCUACCACCGCGGGAUCCAGUCGAACAGAAGCGCCCGCACUUGGUUGUGCUGUCGGCCCACGAGAAGGCAACGCUAAAGCAGAACAUUGCCGCUCUCUCCAAAGAGGCUUCCAACUACCGACUUCUCGACUUGUCCUACACAUUGGCGAACCGCAGAUCUCAUCUGCCCAGCCGAGGCUUCGCUGUGGUAAGCCACGCGAAUCUCGAAGCCACCCUUACCGAAGAUGCCAGCGCCUUCUCGUUUGCUGACAAGAAGAAAUCCCCCACGGUCGGUUUCGUAUUCACAGGCCAGGGUGCGCAGUGGCCGCGCAUGGGUGCCGAACUGAUCCACUACUACCCUAGUUUUCUCAGGACUAUCAAGCACUUGGACUCGACCCUCGCCAGCCUUCCUAAUGGACCUUCAUGGACAAUCGAGGAGGUCCUGCAAUUGCCCGCUGAUCAGUCCCCAGUCAACGACGCUGAGUAUGCUCAGCCUUUGUGCACGGCGAUCCAGAUUGCCUUGGUACAACUUUUAGGCGAGUGGGGCAUCACCCCCAAGGUCACUAUUGGACACUCCUCUGGUGAAAUUGGCGCUGCCUAUGCUGCUGGCCUUUUGACUGCAUCAGAGGCUAUGACUGCUGCCUACUUCCGAGGCAAGGCCGUCUCCUCCGUCAAGACAGACGGAGCCAUGAUGGCCGUCGGCCUGGGCGCGGAGGCUGUUCAGGAAUACAUCCAGGACUUCACCGGUCGCGUUUCAAUCGCUUGCCACAACUCGCCCUCCAGUGUCACCCUCUCUGGUGAUGCUGCAGCUCUUGAGGAGGUAAAGACCAAGCUAGGCUCUAUAUUCGCCCGAAUUGUCAAGACCAACGGCAAAGCCUACCACUCCCACCACAUGGCUCCUGUUGCUGCUAUUUACGAGGAGUACCUGUACAAGGCAGAAGCUCAUAUCCCGAAAGAUGUGAAGGUCCAGAGGCCGGGUCGUAUGGUCUCUUCAGUCACCAACUCAUUGCUUCCUGAAGAUGCUGUCGUGGACGGAGCUUACUGGAGCCAGAACCUUGCCAACCCUGUGUUGUUCAACCAGGCGUUCCAGACGAUUGCUACCAGCGAUGAGUUCGCCGAUGUUGAUAUGUUCAUCGAGGUUGGCCCUCACUCUGCCAUGGCUGGUCCUAUCAAGCAGAUAAAGGGCGAAUUUGGGUACAAGCACGACUAUGCGCCUACUCUAUUGCGCAACACCGACUCGGCCGCACAGCUGCUCAAGCUUGCUGGUGAGCUGUACUUGCGCGACUACAAGCCUCUCAAUCUUGAACGAGUGGCUGCGAUCGAGGAAGAAUCAGGUCUCUUGAAGGGUCAGUUCCUGGUUGACCUACCGACUUACCAGUGGACGUAUAAGAAGGAGCUCUGGGCCGAGCCUCGCGCUGCUGCGGAGCACCGCCAGCCUACCCAUGCCAGACACGACAUCCUUGGCUCUCGUAUACCUGGAUCUGGCAAGCCCAUUUGGAGGAACGUUCUGCGUAUCCGCGAUGUGCCUUGGUUGAAGGGCCAUACUCUGGGCGGUGAAGCCAUCUUCCCCGCUGCAGGUUAUUUCUCCAUGGCGAUCGAGGCACUGACUCAGCUCAACGAAAUCAGCGAUGCUCCCAAGGAUAUCAAGGGCUUCACCCUGCGCGACGUUUCGAUUAAGCAGGCAUUGGUGACUCCUGAUGAUGACGAUGGUAUUGAAGUCUUGUUCACAAUGGCUCCGUCGGUCAAGAACGAGACAGAUAGCACGACAGAAUGGUUUGACUUCACCGCUUCAUCCAUCGCCCAGAACGGUGAGCGCAAAGAUCACAUGGGUGGAUCAAUCUCGGGUAUCACGCAUGGCGAGAGGCCGUCUGCCAAAGCUGUUCCCUUCCUUGCGAAUCGAGCAAGUGGAAAGGCUUGGAACCAAGCUCUAAGGGAUGUUGGAUUCGACUACGGACCCGGAUUCCAAGACAUGGAUAACAUUCGCUCCGACGGGUCCAACUACCAUGCCUCCGCAGACACAGCCAUCCGACAGGAAUGCGGUGACAUGAUCGGAGAGUCGCGAUAUGUUAUCCACCCCGGCAUUCUUGACUCCUGCCUGCAACUAAUUAUCGUCUCUAUCUACGCUGGCCGCAUCAACGAUAUGGCGUGCGGAGCUGUGCCGAUUCAGGUCGAUGAAGUGGCCGUCUACCGGCCGACGCAGCAGCAGCUCGAUGACACAGCUGCAACUGCUUUCUCGUGGACCCACAAGAGGGGCCUGCGAAACUUUGAGAGCGGGACUGAGCUUGUAGCCAAGGACGGGACCUUACUCAUGCGCAUCACUGACAUGCGCUGCACCGCGUAUGAGUCUGCAGUGCCUCAGAAGGUUACCGCUGACGUCGACUCACAACCCUACCAACAGUUGGUGUGGAAGCAGGACAUUGGCCAGCUGCAGACCGGUGAGGGUGUCGAGAAACUCAACGCUGGCGCACUUGCACAGCUUGCCCUUUUCAAGACUCCCGACGCAAAGAUUCUUGAGGUUGGCUCCAGGUACGCCACGAGCGUCCUCGAGCAGGCGAAGCACUCCUAUUACAGUAUCCUUGAGAAAGACAGUUCUGUCGAUGUCUCCCCUUUCACCAACGCCCAGGUUCUUACCUCAGACAUUUCCGAACUAGCUGAGAGCUCGUACGAUGUCAUUAUCGCUCCCGCUACCUUGCUUCAGGAUGAGGCUGCCUCUGCAAGCAUUCAGACUGCCCUUAUUCCAGGCGGUAAAGUGUUUUGGGAUGCUGAGUCCGGCGCGGACAUCUCAACUAAGGCGAUUGAGGAGACAACCGGAGAAGCCAAGCACGUCAAGAUCUACUACAAAGAAGCCGCUACCAAGGCUCUUGAGGACAUCAGCGACAACUUCAAAACCAAGGGCUUUUCAGUGACAAGCGUGGCGCUCCAGGACGCACUGCAGAACGCACCAACGAAGGAGAACGUUGUAGUCCUAGUCGAUCUCGAGGGCCCGAUCCUACCAACAGUGACCGAAGACCAAUUCUCCGCGAUUCAAGCCGUCAUCGACAACGCCGCCUCCAUCACCUGGGUCAGCUCUGGAGGCGUUAUUAAUGGCAAGAGCCCUCAGAACGCCAUGAUUGCAGGUUUGGCUCGCUCUGUCAGGUCGGAACAGGCCAUGCUUAGGUUCGCGACGCUCGACUUUGAUGCUGAAAACUCUUCAAUUGACCGCGUGGCACAAGUCGUUUCUGACAUCGUCAGCGAGCAGACCACCAAGCCGCAGGGUCGUCUAGAAAGUGAAUACAGCAUUUCGGAUAACGAGGUCUACAUUAGCCGUCUAGUCGACAUCACAACUCUCAACGACCUGUACUUUGGCAACAACGACGCUGUGCCAACGCCCUUAACGGAUGAUCUUCGCUUUAAGGCUAAGGUCAGCAGUGGCAAGGUCAUCUUUGAGAACGACCUCCGCUCAGAGGGUCCGUCGGCACGCGAGGUUGAGGUUCGCGUUCUCGUGAGUGGCUUAACGCAAGAUGGUACUCGUGUCAUUAAUGGAACCGACUACCCGACCACCUUCAGUCAGGAGAUUGGUGGCGUUGUCACCAAAGUCGGUUCUGAGGUCAACAACCUUACGGUGGGAGACCAUGUUGCUGGUUUCCACCUUGACAACUUCGCCAGCCACCAGACUGUCUCUGCUAGCCUUGUACAGAAGGUCUCCAAGGAUGACUUGAACAACGCUGUCUCCCUCCUCACGCCUUUUGCCACAGCCGUCCACGGUCUAACUCUAGCGAAUGUUCAGCCUGGCGAGUCUGUUCUCAUCCUCCAGGGAUCUGGCACGGCAGGAGCUGCUGCCAUCCAGAUUACGCAAUCACUCGGCGGUGUCCCCUACGUGGCUGUUGAGAGCGACGCAGAAGCCAAACUUGUUGUCAACGUGCUGAACGUUCCCACCGAGCAUGUUAUCCUUACGCCAAAUGGUUCUAAGCUCGCUCAGUUCGAGCACCUUACGGGGCUUUCAGGCCCAGAUGUUGUCUUCAGCUCUGGCUCAACCAACUCUGCCCUUGCACGCGAGGCCUGGAGGUUCAUCGCUCCCUUCGGUCGCUAUGUCGACUCCGGCCGCAAGGAGGUUCUCAAGCGCGAGAUGACUGACAACGUUCCCUUCCGUCGCGGUGCCAACUUCCUCUCCUUCGACAUCUUCGACCUCUACAAGCAUAAGCCUGCUGCUCUCGCGAAGACUCUGCAAUCUUUGGUCACUCUCUACCAACAAGGCUCAAUCACGGCUGUUGGUCCUCUCUCAACUUUCCCCAUUGCCGACAUCCAGAAGGCAGUAUCCUCGCUCAAAGACACCUUCACUUCCGGCCGCACGGUGAUUGAGUACAAGGCAGGCGAGACUGAAUUUGCUUUGCUCCCAGUUCGGCCUACCGUUUCUUUCUCUUCAGAAGCUAGCUACCUUCUUGUUGGCUGUCUCGGAGGUCUUGGUCGCAGCCUCACCACCUGGAUGACGAAGCACGGCGCUCGUCGCUUCGUCUUCCUUUCGCGUUCUGGUGCGGAUGCUAAAGCCGCUUCCCUGCUUGUGCAAAGCCUCGAAGAAGCUGGCAAUGACGUCUUGAUUGUGCGAGGCGAUGCUUCUUCCAGGGAGGACGUCGAGCGCGCGGUCGCCAGUGUCGACCCUCAAUACCCCAUCCGCGGUGUCAUCCAUGCCGCCAUGGUGCUUCGCGACGGCCUGUUUGCGCAGAUGCCGUUCUCUGACUGGCAACAGUCGACACGCCCCAAGGUCCAGGGUGCUCAGAAUCUCCACGAUACCCUGAAGGACCAACCCCUCGACUUCUUCCUCAUGACUUCCUCCGUCUCUGGCAUCUUGGGUACUCCUGCGCAGUCCAACUACGCCGCGGCAAACGCCUACCUUGACAGCCUAGCCGCUCACCGCCGCUCGCUCGGCCUCAACGCGACGUCCAUCGUUCUUCCUAUGAUUCUCGGUAUUGGUGUCGUCGCCGAGAACUUCGGCAUCGAAGACUCGCUCAAGCGCAAGGGUAUGUACGGAAUCGAAGAGGAGGAACUCCUCGGUCUCUUCGAAGCCGCCCUCAACACCGAUGCCGACCAUGUCGCCGGCGGUCUCGACCCGCUGCGCCUGAGCAAAGCGCGCAACGAGGAGACGGAGAGCUUCUGGGCCGCUGACACGCGCUUCGAUGUGCUCGCAAACACCAUGACUGCGGGCUCCUCCGGAAGCGGCGGCUCCGCGGGCGACUCCAUUAUCGACUCCAUCAAGCAGGCCGAGUCCCCAACCGCCGCACAAGACCUCAUCAAGGAGCACUUCAACACGAAGAUCUCGCGCUUCUUGCUCGUCGACCUCGAUGACUUCGAGGACAACCGCUCUGUCGCUAGCUAUGGUCUUGAUAGUAUGAUUGGUGCGGAGCUGCGCACCUGGAUUUUCAAGAAUUACGGCUACGACAUGUCUAUCCAGCAGCUGUUGGCGCCUUCCUUGACAGUGCCGGCGUUUGCACAGACGAUCUGCGGCGUGCACGGUAUCGGUGGUGGUGCCCAGGCCGCCGCCGCUCCCUAGGUGGCUCUACUCUAGACCUGACCUGAUCUCGUACUACGUGUUCUCGUCUAGGUGAGUAGAAGGGCGGCGUAUAAAACGAGUUUCCCUGUCACUGUAUUAUACCUUUCCUGAGUGUUUAGA